GAGCAAUAAAUGGGCUCUAAAAGUAGAAAUACAGAGUGAUGAACAUGCUACAGUGUGGAUGCAUCGUUAAAAACAUUUACACUCAAUUAAAACAAGAUCCGAAAUAAGGCACUAAACCGCCAUAAGGGCGGCAAAGUGUCUAAGUUUAAGAUCUUUUGUAGAUUGUUCCAACUUUAAGGUGCACUGUAAGAGUGAUAUUCUUCCUAGUUCAGUUCUGAUUAAAGGAGUGUGAAGCAACAACCUGUUCUGUGAACGAGUACCAUGAUUAUGUGAGGUCAGAGUUAAGAGUGAUGAAAUAUAGGGUGGAAGCAUCUGUAUCAAAGCUUUAUAAAUGAACAAAUACCAAUGCUGUUCCCGCCUCACAGCCAACUGUGGCCUGCCGACCUUUCGGUAAAGGUGGCAGUGACUGGUGCUGUAAGGAUCACCUGUAAUGAACCUUAGGGCUGAGUGGUCGACAUCAUCCAGUGAUUUCAGUGUAGAGACAGCAGCUUUUCUAUAUGACAUCACCAUAAUCCAAAACAGAGAAAAAUACAGAUUCUACAAUUCUUUGCCUGUGUACAAAAGGAAAACAGCUCUUAUGUCUGUACAAAAAGCCAAGAAUUGUCUUCAAGUCGGCUAUGGUGCGUAAAAUUAAGAUUGUCAUCCAGCCAGAUACCAAGGUAUUUAUACUGUUAAACUUUCUCUAUGGAUGAGCCAUUCACAGAAUGAAUAUUGAAAGACAUGAGUAGCCUUGGCGAACAGCAUCCAUCCAGAUUUGUCUGAGUUAAGUACUAGCUUGUGGUUAUGUAACUGAAGUGAAAGUGAAUUGAAAGACGACUGUAAACGUUCAAUGGCUGACUGAGCAGAUGUUGCAAUAUAAAACUGUGUCAUCCGCAUACAGAUGAAAUUUACAUGACUAAACUGAAACUAAACUAAACUGAAAACAAUAUUGGCCCUAACACUGAGCCCUGUGGGACACCUUUAGUAAUAUUCAAAACUUUAGAAUGAACAUCACCCAUCUUUACGCAUUGCAGUCUAUUGGAGAGGUAGUUUUCAAACCACAGGCAGCUGACAGAAUCAAAACAAAUACGAGAUCAUUUCUUUAGAAGUAACAAAUGGUCAACUGUGUCGAACGCCUUAGACAAGUCUAUAAACAGAGCAGCACCAGACAUUUUGCUAUCCAGGGCUGGUGUAACGUCAUUUAGAACCAGAGAGGAUGCAGAUGUGGUGCUGUGCUUAGGCCUAAAACCAGACGGAUAGGGAGUGAGUACAGAAAACAAAGAGAGAUAUGAUCUAAGUUGAUGAUUUACCAGGGACUCCUACAUUUUUAGCCAGGCAACGUAAUUUGGAAAUAUGGCGAUAGCUAUUUUUAUCAGUUUUAUCGCCUCCUUCAGCUGACUUAUAGUGGUUUGGAAAAGGUGUCCCGAUGCAGCAAUGUGACUGUAAAGGCAGAGCAGAUGUCCUUAAAACACCACUGUGAUCCAUUUUAUGAUUUUGUAAUAAGCUUCUUAUAUUUAAAUUCAUCAAACCCAGGCCUCUCCUCGACUUACAGUAGGCAGUGAUUUGGCCAACCACUGCCACUGUCGAUAAAAGACAAGUUGUGUGAUGGACAAACUGACAGUGACCAUGUGUGCAAGGAGAGAAACCUAGUAAAACGUCCGAUGCCACCGCCACGGGGCUCGCUCAUAAUUCCGACAUCCCAUUGUUCCGAAAUCUCAAUGUUUCGACAGCCCAUUGUUCCGACCAUAUUAAACCCAUUGUUACGAAGUCCCAUUUUUCACUGUUACAAAAUAAGUGUUUCAUGGUUAAGGUCUGGCAAGGUUUAGGCACAAGAACUACUUGGUUACACAAAUGAGCACAAAAAUGUCACAAAAUGACAUUACGUCACAGUAAAAGGGAAAAAAAUCAAACAGCUUUGGAGGCUGUUUUGAAAAGAUAUCAAGAGGUGGUCUGAGAUCAGUUCGCUUCAAGUCCAAGGUGCGGUUCACUUGACCUGUGCCUUGUGAACACAAAGCUCUCCAGGUUCACUUUGCACUUUGUCAUUAUAUUUACCCCUCUAGAUCACAUGUUAUUGACCUCCUGUUGCCAUGGUUACGGUUGAUAUGAGAAAUAAAACCACAAGAGUUUCACCAGACAUAGCGAAAAAGUAUUAAAUCAGAAUUAUCAGAAGAUAAUGACACGUAGACUGACAGGUGCGUCACUCAGCGUCAGUACAUGAUAUCCCUGUCUUUCCCCGUCUGACUUCAUUCUCAACCUACAUUAGAAACUGUGAAAUAUGUAUUUAGUCAUCAGGGCUGAGAAUGUGCCACUGAUUUACCGUACGUCCUUUAUAUCAUAUAAACACAUGAAGGUAUUUAUAUGACUAUGACUGAAGUCUGCUGCUAAAUUCAGCUUCAUGUUUCGCUCAAAACAGUUUUUAAUAAAUCAGAAGUUAUAAAAACGUGUAAACUGCGUGGUUAACGCAGACGAGCGGAGGGUUAGCUGGGACACAUCACAUUUAUUCACUCUACAGUUAAUACUGAAUUAUGUGUGAGUGUCUCUUAAUAGGUCGUCAGAAAUCAUAAAUCAUCUUUAGAGGGAGCAGAUGUUACCUUAAGCUAGCUCGGGACAUGUUAACGUUAAUAUUCUAACGGAGCGAGGCGAGCUAACUGCUAGCGUGCUCGGUUGCUUUGAGAUGGCUGUCAGAGAUGGCAGAGGUAUGAUCACAUGAUCCUGUUUGAGCGAUAACAGGUGGUGUGUUCCCUGCUUUAUUAGAGUACUGUAAACAAACUUGGAAAUCGCCGGUUUCGCUUCCACGGCCGGAUGUUGACCCAUAAUUUACGCAAGGAAGUAGGUGGAUAAAAGGGACAGCUGACUGGACGGGAUCAUGGGCUGCACGGUUGUUAUGUCUUGACGACGAGUUAUACGUGCAACCCACCAUGUGAGAUUUGAAAAGCAGCAGAUAGCAGUUAGCAGCUAACUCAAAAAAAAAAAAAAAAACAGCCGUUAAUGUUCAUAACAGGUGUACUUUGAGAUACUAACUCUUUUUAUUUUUAGAAAGUUUCUAUUAUGUUAAAAAACAAAGUCGUUGUUUUGAGAGGAAAGAAUCUCGUUAUUUCUCAUAAUGAUUUGCAGAAUUUUGUUUUAUCACAUUGGCAGAAAUGGACUUCCAUACCUGAGAGCUUCUUACAGGAUGGUAGGUUAUUAUUUUGUUUCCAUUUUAUUAUUUUAUUUUCAAGUAUCUUAGUGUUGUCUUAAUUUUAUUUCUGGUGUUCUGGCUGUAGAUGGGAAAUCAGUUCGUAUCCCUGAUGUCAUCCACCACACAUAUGAUCAAUGAUUAAUCAGUGAUUAACUCACUGUCAUCCAGUGUUUGGAGAAUAUUUCUCUUUGUGUCUCCACCAUUUCCCCCUCUGACUAACAAACUCUUAAACCUCAAAAUAAAACGUCACAAUUCUAAGAACUGUCUUUGGAUGUCGCCAUCAGGAGCAGCUCUUGAAAAUGGGAAGUUUUGUGAAAAUCUCCUCCAUCCAGUUACUGGAAGACACCGCCCUCCUCUCCCUGUCAGCUAUAACUAGCUCACCCUCCCGCUCCUUCAUCGUUUCACUUCACCGCAGUCGGAGCUUCAGUGUGUCUGAAACAUUGCUGGAUCUUCACCUGUAAACAUGGCUCAGGUCAACGGCUGCCUCAGUUGCAUCUUCACCAUCUUCAACAUCCUCUUUGCGAUUAUUGGCGGUCUCAUCAUCGUGGUCGCUCUGAUAUUCCAGAUCCUCACAAAUGAUCAUGUAGAACAACAACUGGAGAGUUGGACACCCGGCUUCAUCGGCCUCUAUGUCGUGGGCGCCAUCACCAUGAUGAUCGCCAUCCUGGGAGCCUGCGGGGCCCACAGGGAGAGCAAAGUGUCUCUGAUCGUGUUCCUGGUGUGCACGGUUAUUGGAACUCUGCUGAUGCUCCGAGUUGGUAUCCGCACUGCUGCCAUCCGUCCCGAGCUGGUGCGCAUCAUGGAGACAGACGCUCACAAUAGACUGCCUCUGGACCAGGCUUCAGAAGAGGUGAAGGCCCUGGUUGAGCACCAGCAGAAAGAGCUGCACUGCUGCGGUCUGUUCAGUUACAAGGACUGGGAGGACAACAUCCCCGACUCCUGUCUGUGCAACCAGGAGGAGCAGAUGGAGGGAAAGUGUGAGGCAGUCAGAUACAGAGUCACACUGCAGAGGGAUUAUGUCUACAGCCAGAGCUGCUUCCCCAUCAUCAGAGGCCUCGUCCUGCGGGCCAUCGACAUCACAAUCGGAGUGAACCUCACUCUGGCCAUCCUGGGGCUGCUGGGCAUGAUCCUGUCCUCCAUCAUCAUCCACCAGAUGCGUCGCCCCAACAGACCCACCGUCCUGCUGUCCGUCCCCGGCAUCUUCACUCCUCCUCCCAAAUACCAGGAGCUGCACAACCCUCUGGCGUACUAAAGGAGUGACGCCACCUCUCUCCUCUGUUGCGUCCGGAGUGCCUCACGUCCCUGUGAGGAGUCCUGACUGUCGGCUCCACUGAGAUCAAUGGACGGAAACUGCUCGUCGAUCGCUUGUGUUAAUGUCUGAAUCUGCUGUUUACACAAAACCUCUGUUAAACAUUAUAUCCUGAAUCAACCCCUCAUAAUCCACCCUGUGAACCAGCAUGACGUAAAACGCCGUCAGAAACAACGAGAAGUUAAGGCUUUUAUUUUGAAAACUGAGCGGUGUGUUGACAAAGCCUUAGAGGCUAAAAUUAAAAGCACGUGCUGUGAGGUCCAGGAGACUUAAAACUUAUUUAAUUUUAUAAUGGAAAGUCUAUAAGAAUAAAGGGGAAGACUAGAUCUGCAUAUAAUAUAAUAUUCUUUGUUUUACAUGAUUUUUUUUACGUUUGAUUCUGCUGUGAACUGAUACUGUAGAUCCUCGACGAUUUACAGAAAUAAAAAC